AUGGUUCUCACCACCGAUGCUCAGCAGCUGCUCGCCGUCGAUGGCGCCCCGCCUCGCUCCCGACAGCCCUCUGGUCUCCUGGGCUCCAUUUGGGCCCCCCAGCCUCAGCCCUCGGACACAACCUGGCCGAAGACUCUUGACACCUUCUCCAAGGAAGCUGAACAGUACGGACGCGCGGCCCCUGGGGCUGUCUCGUCGUAUCCAGCUAUAACCCGCGAAGACGUUUUUAGCCUCCAACGGGUUCUGCCCAAGACCUCGCGCGACAUCGGUGCCAUCGGGGAUGGCAGGAAGAAAAACAGCCCUGACUACGAUGACUCUCACGUCGAGCAGCUGCUUCGCACUCUGAACCUCAACUCUCCCGCUCCUUUUACCCACAAGCCGUCUUCGCUGACUUUGAAAGUCGAGACUUCUCCAAGCUCUCCUGACUUCUCACCAGCGUCUGUCUCGUCGGCACUUCUAACUCCCACCGAUCUUUCUCCUGCAAGAGCUUUCGACGUAAAACUUCACUCUCCUUAUGAACAUGCCCACUCGGGCCAUCCCUAUAUAUCACAGCCUUCUUUGCUCUUCGAAAACAACUCACCUAUAAAGUCUCAUGAAGGCCUGCCUACGAACUCUCCUGCAGGCCGUGCGCCACUUACGCAUCUGAAUCAUCCUCGCCUUCAGACCAACUUUCCCUUUUUCGAGCCUUUUGCAGAGCCACCAACCCCAGCGCCAGUUGCUCCUAACCCGAACGUCCACUCUUCGUCUCCGUCCGAUCUCUCCAAAUCUAUCUACACUUCUCCGUUGCCUCGACGCGUCCCCGACCCUGUUCGCCUUGUGCCUAUGGAUUGGCGUCUGAAUCACGUCCAUCAGAACCAAACCCAGCAUGCACUUCACCCCGAGUGGCGCCUUGCAGCAGAGAAGACCUCUGACUAUAUGCUAGCUGGAAAUGGUGGCCAUGACGAGCCCCUCAGGGCCUCUUUCGUGUAUCAACAACCUCCUACCACACAUUCGUUUCCCGCUUCACACGAACCUAUCAAUUUCCUCUCUUUGCUUCACCCGUCGUCGUCCCCUCCUUAUCACGUCUUUGUGGCUCGCAUCAUCAAAUCUUCGGAUCAACAGGCUUCCAUCUUCCUUCAACAAAAGCUCAAAGUCGCCGACAUCGAAGAACGGGCCAAGAUAGUAGAUGCUAUAUGCGCUCGCGGUUUUGAGAUGAUGGCCCAUCGCUUCGGGAACUGGGCCGUCCAACGAUGCUUGGAAGCAGCCUCGACCCCCGAGGAAAGAAGGAAGAUCGUCUCGUGUAUGAGAGGCCGCAUAGUCGAGCUGGCGACUAACUGCUAUGGCUGCCACGUUCUUCAAAAAGCGCUCGAUUGCGAAGAAGACAUCCGCCUCUUGAUCGUGUCGGAGCUGCUCCUUGGAGACCCAGCACAGACCCUCGUUAAUAAACACGCAUCUCAUGUCUGGAGCAAGAUUAUGGAGCUUUCUUGGACUCCUCCUGCUCCUCCAAUCUUCGCUUACGUCAAUAAAUCCCUCAAGGGCAAAUGGGCAUCGCUUGCCUGUCACGAAACGGGAUCGCUUGUUGUACAGCAUGCUUUCGAAAAUCUUGAAGCCGAUGCGAAGGACGGCAUCGUAGACGAGCUUUUGAACCAAGGAUUCGGUGUAUUCAGCGAGGUAGCCAAGAGCCAGUGGGGAUCUUAUUGCAUCCAACAUAUCUUAGAGCACGGAUCUGAUAAGCACCGUCAAAUGACUCUCGAUCAUCUGUUAGACGGUUUGCUUGAAUUCGCGACCAACGAACAAGGUGCCAAGUCGGUUACCAAAGCCUUGAAGGAGGGCGGGAUGGAAACCCUCGACAAAGUGGUUCGACGUAUGUGCGAGCCGGCCAAAAGCGCUCGUCGUGCCAUGAUCGUAGACUUGGCGCUGUCAGUCACUGGUAGCCAACUUAUUGCCAGCGUGUUGCCAACGGCUGACAAGGACCAACGUGCGCUACUCUAUGAGUGCAUCCGAGGCCACAUCGUUACACUCAGAGGGUGUAAGACGGGUUCAAAAGUAAUUUGGUUGUUUGAUAGAAUGCGCGCUUAUUACGGAUAUUAA